GGCCCAGGGGCUGCCCGGAGCCCCCUCAGCGCGGCCCGGCUGCGCUGGCAGCGCGGCUGCCUCGGCGGGGCACUGCGAAGGGCUGGCCCAAGGGAUGGGAGUGGCACGAGGAGCCCCAAGAAGCAGGAUAAAUAAUGUCAGCCGAAAAGGAAGAUAGGGCCGGCUGCCGUGGUUAACCGCGGCAGGCAGCUGCACAUUACACAGCCGCUCGUUCCCUUCUCUCCCAGUGGGAUGGGCGACAGAAGGAAGGAAGGGUGAAAGUGAGAAAAUUCGCGGGUUGAGACAAGGACACUUUAAUAAUUAAAAAAAAGAACAAAAAAAAAAAGGAAACAAACCUAAGAAAAGCAAAUAAUGCAAAACCCCCCAGGUGCUCACCCCCAGUGGACCGAUGCCUUUACCGAGGCAAGGCAGUCCCAGCAAGCCCUACCGCCCCAGUUUUAGUUUCUGAAUAUGACAUUACGUGGUAUGGGAUAUCCCUUUGGUCAGUGGGAUCAUCUGUCCCGGCCAUGUCCCCUCCCAACUCCUUGUGCACCCCCAGCCCUCUUACUCAUGGGGUGAGGAGCAGAAAAGGCCUUGACACAGUAUAAACAGUGUUCACAGUAACCAAAACAUCACUGUGCUAGCAACACAGUUUUCAUCACAAAGCCAAAACAUAGUCCCAUACUAGCUACGACAGGGAGAAUGAAAUGUGUCCAAGGCAAGCCCAGUACACUGGGAUGGAAAACCACACUGGUGGAAAAACAGAGAAGGCCUUUACAUGGGUGCAUGCCUUGCUGGGGGAAGAUGUAUAAAAUGGACAAUGAAGUGCUCUUUAUGCACACUUCUUUCCACAAUGUUGAGUAAAAGUGGAAAGCUGGAUUUCACCUUCUCUACUGUCAGUAAAUAUCUCAGAGACCUCCAGGGAAGGUAUGGUAUCUUGCAUUGCAGUUUGCAGGGAUGAGGACUUGUUCCUGUUAGCUGUCAGUCCCCUUGCUUAAGCAGGAGUCAUUUCAGUGCUGUGAUAAUUGUUGAUGCUCAUGCCUAGUGGGAUUGUUUUUUUCCCCAGUUUGCUUAGGAAGUUACACAUUUUUCUCUGUGUUAAACAUGAUUGCCUUUUGAGUGUUAAUAAAUGAAAACGGGAAAUGUCAGAAGCUCCUGUGCUGCCUUAAUUCAGACCCUUAGUACUUACAUUUGCAUACUUUUUUCAAGCAUUCUAUUCAUACUGAUUUUUCACCUGAACAAUGUUUGUUCCAGUGUCUGAGCUGCAGACAUCUUCAAACUAGUCCUGCAGUUGUGGACUUUAUAAAAUGUUCAUUCAUAAAUGGAAUGGGAAAACCCAAUAUUAACAGAGUCAAAAUGGCACCUUGUGUUUUCAAAAUGACACAAAAAGGAGCUUGGACAUACUUGCACCACCAUUUAAGCAUAUGAACCUUCAAUAAGUCUCCUGACUUAGUAGUGUCUCAGGGUAAAUAGAUCUGUUAUCCUCUGCAUGCACCAGUUCUUUUACCUGACACACGAUCCUGAUAUUAUUGGUGUUCAGGUAAAAAGUUGAGUUGCGGUGACUUAUUUAUGGAUAAAGGCAAAAUAUAUAUUUAAUAAAAACCUUUCUUAUGAUGGCGUGACAGUAGAAGACUUUCAGCUCCAGGUGGGUUCUACAGCUAUUUCCUUUGUGUGCAAAUAGAAAAUAAUAUUAUUGUCUAUUUCCCAGGAGUUAUUUAUUCAGCCUAAUUGCCAAUGACCAGGCUUAUUAGACAUCCCCAUCUAAACCAGUGGCAUGUAUAGUCAAUGAGUACAGAAAGGCUUUUUGGAGGUGUGAUUCAUCUGACCUACUUUGCCUGGCUGUUCUAGCAUGAGAUGACUCACACCCUAGGAGGUGCCAGUUUCUCUCCCUUGGGUAUAAAGCAAGCUGAGGAUGACUGGCUUGCAGAUAGAAGUCUGCAUUCCUUCACUGCCAUCUCACUCUUGCUGUCUUUUUACUGGCAUAUCUGAUUAUUGUGCCAAUUAGGCAGUUUGCUAACAGGCCACCUACUACUUUCAUUUAGCAGUCAUGAAGAAGAGAUUUUUACUUCAUGGAAUAAGUUGAAUCAUCCAUGUCCAUAAGGGUUCUAACGUACCUACUGAUUCUCAGUGAUUGUAGAUGUAGUACCGUGAAAUCUUUCAAAAUUUUUUCUGACUAGUGAAAGUCAGCUUGAAUCUGACUCUGAAUUGUUGUGAUCAAGAUUCAGUACACAUUCUGAUCGGGAAAUGUCAUGGUAAGUGCUUCUGGGAGAGAGAGAGAGAAGGCAUAUAAUACUGCAGUGUACUUCUUAUUAGACAAAGAGGUCUUAAAGACAUCUAUUUAUGCAUGUCAGCUACUCAGCAAUGUUGAUGGAAUUGUAUGUUAAUUCAGCUCGUGAGAUUUCACUUCCUGUGGCUUUCCUUGCCAGGAAAGCUGCAGCAUUUUCCCAGCACACUGCUGGCUGUGUCAGGAGUCCAUAGCUUUCAAUAGUGUGUGUACUCUUCCAUGUUGUGCCUCUGCACUGUGCAAUAUUGUUUCUGCUUUGUUCAUAGAUUCUGAAGGCACCUGUGCAUUUCGUCUUAUGCAGGACUCAGUAAAGGUCUGCCAUAUUAUAGAGCUGAUGUCCUAGAACUGAUGACUUGCCCUGAGCUUCUCCAGGGUUUUCUCCUGAGUUUCUCUCUCCAGUAUAGAAAAUUGCUUCAGGCAUGCUUUUGCCUGAUACGUGUUCCAGAUAUCCAGACCUGGGUAGCAAAAUGUGCAGGAAAAUGGUUUUCAUCCUAAGUAGCUGCCAUUGUCAAGUAAAAUAACACCUGUAGACAGCCUUAAAAAGAAAUUUAGCUUUUUUUUUAUCUUUUGUAGUUUCAGUCAGAGCAUUCUUAUCUGAACUGCACGGGUUUUUUUCCUUUUCUUCACAAGAGCUUUUUUAUUAUGCUAGGUAUGCAAGGAUGUUGUUAGGUUCUCAUAAUGACUUAAAUGUGAGGUUUCAGGAUUUACAGGCUUUCUUCUGUGAUGACUGUAAAUUGUCCAUUGACAUGGAGAAGAUUUAUAGGCCCUGAAUAGUCUAAUUAUGUUUAACACGUGAGGUUGCAGGUAAAAAGGGCAGUGCAGUCCCUCUAAGCACAGACCAAGUUUCUGGGCAGGCAGGCAGCUAUACAUAGCUGCAUUAAAUUCACGCUAACAGAUACAUCGCAUGACCUUCACUUCCUAUCACUAUUAGAAGUAACUCCAGAAAUGCAAAAUACUCUGAUACAUUAAACCACAGAUAGAUUUAACAAGCUCCUUGAAGGGAUUUGUUUCUACAUCCUUUCUCUGUCAGGGCAGGGAUUGCAUUUUACUGAAUAUUCACUGACUAAAAUAGAGUGGUUUCACCCUGGAUGCAUUUUGGGUGCUACUGGAGUAUUAAAUGUUUAAUAACAAUUAUAUAUAUUUUUAACAACUGGUUUCUGUUGCCACAUGGAAAAAAGACUUUCUGUCAGUGUAGCAAUACAGUGUGACACCUGACCGUUUACUGCUUCUGUACAUGUAUUCAUCAGAACAAAAUAUAAUUGGAAUUUGGCUUCCGGUUUUGUUAAUUUGUGCAGAAAGCAUAAUAAAAUCUAAUGAAAGAAAUUUUGCAUAUAGUCUUGGAAUGGUAACAGAAAUUGAAAAUUGAAAACACUGGAUUUAAAGAACUCAUUCUUCCUGUGUUAUCCCUCUGUAUCUGAGCACUUAGUUAAGAUUUCUUUGAAAAGGAAAACAAUUUCAUUUUGAUACGGUGCAGCUCUGGUUACGGCUUUGACUGUUUCUAAUUUUCACUGUUAUUUCCUUUCAAAAAUCCCAUUUUAGCACUCACUGUCAUCAUAAUUUCCUCUUUUCUAAGCUCUGAGAAGUUGAUAAAAAUCUGCUUUGCAGAAACCUUACCUAUUUGUGUUGAAAUGAUAGCAGCAAUGUAGUAAGAUUUUGUCUUUCUUCUUCCAAGCCAUCUGCCUCUUUUAUUUGGAGUGGGAGAAGACAGGCAGCAGCAAUCAGAUUUCCUUUGGUUUUCCUACAUCUAAGUUUCUGAGUCAUGUUUCAAGGCUAUCUUUGGCUGAGUUUCACCUUAUCCUUUUUGUCUCUAGCAAGUUACCAGUGCUGACAUUAUUUCUUUGCCAGUGUGCCCCGUCCAAUUUAAUGUUGGUAGAGACAAAAAGAGCAAUGGAGCAGGGAGGGCUUGGAAGCCCCAGCUCUCCCUUGCCAUUCAAAGAGGUCUGUCCUACUGUUCCUCAGUGUGCCUCUUUCACUGAAAACCUUACCUUAAAUUACUCUUCUUUAUAUUUCUUUGUGAUUUCAGCUCUUCAGCCCUCCUUAGUACAAGCUUACCUAUUCAACUCCCUAUGAUCAGUUGGUUUGCUUCUGCAGCUUGCAGUUAAAAUCUGUUGUUUCAAGCUAUGAAAAGACGUCAUCAACUGAAUGUGAGCACAAGGAGUGCAAGAGGUGAUGCAAUUUCUCAGUAAUAAAUCUCUGUCAUCAGAGCUUUGAUUUCUCAGAGGUUGGGUAACUACUUGAAGAGCAUUUCUCAUGCACUUGUUCAGAAAAUGAAUAUCCGUGUUGACAGUGGAAGCUCUCCUAUAAAAAAAAACCCAACAACACCACCCCACCCCCCCCAAAUAUUGCAGCCUAAUAAUUUUCUCUCUUGCAUGUUUUAAUGAACGAGGUUAAGGUUUCAAAGACAUCAAUCAUCGUAUUGGUAUUGUAAGGCAUUUCCCAAAGGGCCUUCUUUGUCGGGUUUGGGUUCUCAGUUCUUUUGGAAUAUCUCAAUUUGGGCACUGAAAAAUGGAGGUACCCAAGAACCACUGACUGUUUUUUUAAAAUUUUGGCCUUCCAAACUUAACUUUAAAGGACAAAUCCACAAACUGCUUUUGACUGUUGGUGCAUUGUGUUUUGCUUGCACCUAUCCCGGUGUGGUCUGACUUCCCAGGAUCUCACAGCCAGGAGCAUUUCUCCAUAGACAUCUCCUCAAAGAACCAGGCUGUUGGCAUGAAUAUGGUCAAUAACUUACCAGUAAUUUGCUCUUUAUGUGAUCAAGAUCAUAGGAAUCAUUGUAAGACACUAAACUACUGUCUGGCCACUUUGAAGGAUGAGAGUCACUCAGCACGUUGACUGAUGCAUGCAGGUGGGUUGUGCUCUCAUCAAAGUCUGCUGCUACCUUCUGCUUCUGGUCAUACCUUCCAAGGAAAAAAGAGCCUGGUUUUCAUGGUACUUUUUAGUUUUCUGGCUGACCAGUAUACAGGAUUAAUUCUAGGGCAAAAAUAUAUUUUCCUACAAUAUUAAGUUUAAGGUACUGAAAAAAAUGGUGGCUUUGACUCCUGCAUUUUUUUUAGCACUCAUCUUACUUUAAUUACUCACUUUCUUUUCUGAUAGUCAUAAAACAUGGUUUGUUUUGGUUGGUUUUGAUAUGGGUACAAUUUAGAAAAUUACUAUUAAUCAUUGAGCAGUGAGUCAAAAUGAAGAAUUAAUUCAGAAUUUCAAAUAACACAUCUCUCAGGCAUAUUCUUGUUUUAAAAAACAUACUCAUUGGGCAUCUUCUUUUAGAUGAAAAAUUAGGGUCAAUGUCCCUUCUACAUUUUUUUAAUUCUGAUAAUCUACUAGAAAAUUAUUGUAUUUUAGGAAAUGUCUAUCUUGGGUUUUUAUGGAAAUAAUUUUAUUCACAAAGUAAAACUGCUUCAUUGUUUUAAAGGCACUGUAGUAUCCAUGGAGAAAAAUAAUUUAAGAGUGGACAAGGUAAUGUAAUUCUGUAGGAAUGACCAAUAGAUACUUCUUCUGAAAAUAUAUUUGAUCUAUUUUUUUCUGAUUUCAAUAAUAGGACUAGUACAAGAGUCAUUUAUUGGCUAUUGUAGCAAUUUAUUGACUUCUUUUAAUACCACAGACAGAUGCUUGAAAUCUCAAUAUUUGAACUGAGAAACACUGUAACAGAACUGGAAAAAAGUGUUAACAGUGUUGAAAAGGAAGAUAAUGAGUGGAAAACCAGAUAUGAGACACAAGUAGAAUUGAACAAACAGCUGGAAAGACAAAUUAAUAUUCUUCGAGAUAAGGUGGAGCUUAUUCGUAGAAAUCCAGCAGAUAAACUGUUCAUUGUUCGCACCUUUGAUAAAAUGCCUGUGGCUUACCACAAAGCUAAUGAUGAGCGGCGCAUGUACCUCUCAGAGAUCUUACAGAUCUCAGCUAAACUUAAAAUUGUUGAAAGGCAAAAACCAGAUGCUCUGACUGGCAAGGGAGAAAAACAGAUACUGAGAGGAAGACACAGUGUUCCAGGAAACCCAAAGAUGGUUAAUCCUCAAAACCGAUCAAUUAAAAAGACUGUAGGAGUGAACCAGCUUCCACAACUAAAGCGCUGAUUUAAUAUUAAUGCCAAGAACUUCAAGUCACUUUUUAAAAAAUUUAAUUUAGCUGAAAGUUUCUAAAUUGAAAAUGAAAGUAUUCGUGUCUUAUUGCAAUGCCAGACCCAGACUGGAAUGUCUUCUUGGCUGCCUUAGUGUAAGAGUUCCUCUGCCUAAUGGAAUUGCUCUUCUAGUUGCCAUCUUUGACCCUUUCCAUUCUGGUUCACGUCAGUGAUUCUGAGUGUGAGGGUGUUGGGAGACUUGGAGAAUAUUUAAUAUCUUUAUACACUGUGUAGAUCCUUGAACUAUCUGACUGCACAGCAGCCAUGGAAAACAAACAAGCCUCUGGCAUUUUUGACCUCUCAACCAAGAAGAAGAAAAAGGCAGACUGAUGUAAGCUGAAGUAUUGUCUAAAUAUAACUUUUUUUAAAAGCUAGCUUGCCACAGAUCCUGUGUUGACUACAACUUUCUGUCUGCAUGGUUUAGAAGCACAGCACCAUUUCCAGCUGCUUGAGGCACUAGUAAUGGAUAGAAAUGACAGAAAAAUUGAUCACUUUUUGUUAAGAAAUCUUCAGAGCCUAUCUUGUGGAGGGGUUGUUUCUUUUAAACUGUAUAUAUGUGUUAUGUUUUCUGGUAUUGGUAUGUGGCUCUUUGAAAUUGGAACUCUCAGAUGAACCCUUGUAUCCACAGUCGGGGGGUCAUAAAAAUAUCUGUCUUCUUCAGUGGCAUUGAUCCUGAUGCUUUUAGGGUCCAAAAUAGUGCCAGUCCUAAAAGUCAUCUCUUCAGUGAAAGUAGUACUACGUUGUCUUUUCAUUCUUAAGCAUGCAAUUAUUGUUGCAGUUUUCAUUACCUACAUUUUAGUCAUUAAACUUCGGCAGAAUUUUUUCAAGUGGCAACGGCAUUAUGUUUUGGUAAUGAAGCUUCAGUCCUCUGGGUUAUGGCUUAAAAGCUCUUGGCAGAGCAAAUGUGGUUGCUUGACUGCCCUUUAUGAUUUUAAGAGCAUUCCUAACUCUUUGCAAUAAAGUUUUUUGCCUCUUUAA